AUGCUAAAUGUAACUUCCCCUCCUCUGUCUUAUUUCAUUCUUGGAGGUUACAUGGAUGUUGGAAGUUUAAAACUCUCCUAUUUCUCAUUAACUACAGUAUUAUACAUCAUGAUCAUUGCUGCCAACACGUUUCUGAUUGUGGUUAUCUGUGUGAACAGAAGCUUACAUGAACCUAUGUACAUGUUUCUGUGCAGCCUGUUUGUGAAUGAGCUGUAUGGUAGUACAGGGCUGUUUCCGUUCCUCCUGCUUCAGAUCCUCUCUGAUGUUCACACUGUUCCUGCUCCUCUGUGCUUCCUGCAGGUUUAUUGUUUGUACACAUACGCUGUCAUUGAAUUUUGUAUUUUAGCCGUCAUGUCUUAUGACAGAUACCUCGCUGUCUGCUGUCCUUUACAAUACAACGCCAUAAUGACAUAUAACAAAGUAUUUCUCUUUAUUAUUUCGGUAUGUUUGUUCUCAUUUAUUAACAUGUUGAUUGGCUUAUCUUUGACCCUCCGCCUGACGCUGUGUGGAAACACCAUCAACAGUUUGUAUUGCAGUAACUAUCUGAUUGUUAAGUUGGCAUGUUCAGGUACAAAAGUGAAUAACAUUUAUGGACUUUUUAACACCGCUGUCAGCAUCUUAGUCCCUCUGCUUCCAGUCCUUUACUCCUACAUUAAAAUACUCAUAAUCUGCUUUUCCGGAUCCAAACAGGCGAGACGUAAAGCUAUCAAUACCUGUGCACCGCACCUGGCCUCACUCUUAAGCUUUUAUUUUGGGUGUUUGUUUGAAAUACUUCAGAGCAGGUUCGAUAUGAGCAGUGUACCCAGCACACUGUGA